UCCCGCUCCCGCGGCGCUGCAACUCGGCCGAGCCUCCUUAAAACUCUGCCGUUAAAAUGGGGGCGGGUUUUUCAACUCAAAAAGCGCUCAAUUUUUUUCUUUUCAAAAAAAGCUGAUGAGGUCGGAAAAAAGAGAAGAAACCGGCACCAUCUCUGCAGAGGCAACAGAAGCAGCAAUUGUUUCAGCGAAAAACAGGAGCGCGAGAGGGAAGGAGAGAAGGAAAAGAUCAGAAAGAGGGACGACGCGCAAGUGCCUGUAAGGGUGAAGGGAGCGGAGACCGGCGAUUCCGGGGGACUGACUACAAAGAGACUGUCACCGGCAGCAGCGCUGCGCCUGGGGAAGCAGCGAGCCUCCCGCUCCGCUCCAGGACACAGCUGGCUGGCAGCCGCUGCCCUGUCGGCGGCACAGGGGGACCGCGGACGCCUGGCGAAGUGGCACAGGGCGCCGAAGCUGCUGGGCGCUCGCCAAGAGGGCGGCGGGACUGGCUGCGCCCUGGAAUUGCGGCUACUCCCAUCCUCAGAGGUUGGCCUGUGCCUCCCGGACCCUCCCAGCUCCGGAGGCGCCCAGAGAACCGGGCACGGAAAGGAAAGACGGCGGCGCGGCUCAAUGAGUGCCUCCAGCGGAAAGCCUGAGCGAGCCCAGUAGUAGGCGGGAAGUUACCGGCGAGCUGCCCCAUCACUGCAGCUGCGAUGUUGCCGCGAGCUGCCCCAGCAGCCCGGGCCCCCUAGACGCUUCCCGUGUCGCUCGAGCUCGUCCUUCGGCUGCCGGGGUCCGGGGACCCGGUGGGGCCGACAUGCCGGGCUUGCCAGGGGCCUGCCGCGCGCCCCGCAGCCUUCGGAGACGGGCGCCGAGCCCGGCUCCCACGGCCGAGCGGCGGGGCUGCGGCAGCCUAGCAGCCGGGCUCCUGAGCCUUGCAGCGCAGCGCUAGCCCGCGGCUCGGCCCGGGCGGUACCGCAGCUGCUCCCCUGAAGCCGAGAGCGCUGGGGAGUCACUAGGACCUGUAACUUCAGGGCCACGAACUGCUACUCCCAUCUGCCUUUGGCGAUCGUCUUUAACCCCCGGAGCACGUCAGCAUCUAGGCACUGCGGCGCUCAGCCUGCAGCACAGAACUCGGGACUACCCCUUCGGCGAGGCGGAUGGAAACCGAGCCCCUCGGAGGACCUGCCCCCGAAGUUCUGGCCCAAAUCUCCACCGUGAUCAAGGGUGGGUUAAUCCCCCCUCCCCCGUGCCUUUGCUUCCGCAGUAUUUCUGCCCUGACCCAGUCCCUUAAGUCUUCACUCGCAUUCCUCGCGGAGGUCUGCAGCGUAG